AUGACGUUUUCCAUGGCGAGCCAGGCUCUCUUGUUCGCCCUCCUGGUGGCUUCUGCUUCACACUGCGAUGGCGCCUGCUCAUGGAUAGGAGCAGGCUUGUCGUGGCGAUUUUCUACCGACUCGAGCCGUCAGUUGAGUCUUGUUGUGAACGGGGCAUGGUCGAAAAACUGCAGUGGAUCCUUCGCCUAUACUGUGACGUACCAACCCUCCAGUCUGAAGCCUGCUAACGGUUCGGAAUCUGCGAUCAACGGAAAGUUGAUUGGCAAGACGAAUCAGGAGUUCUCUUGGUACGCAUCAGUGAACAACGUCCCGGACGAAGCGACAAGUGGGGUCAUUACCGUCGAUCUGGGUAGUGACACACUCAAUUCGAACAUCGUCUUGUGUUGCAAGAGCUGUCCCAGCACAAACCCGCAGAGCUGCUCGGCCAGCAGCAUCAAAAACUUCUACUCGGCUUACUUCAGCUUGCCAUGGAGGAUCGUCCGGAGCAGCGCUGGCCCUUCGUACGUAACGCUGCACGUGACUGACAUGGACGGGCAUUUUGUGAAGGUUGCAGAUAACGUGAAUGGUGGCAAUGUAAGGACUUUCUCUACCUCAGAGGCCGCCUGGAACUUCACGCUCAGCUCCAUUCCCAGUGGUGUGUCAAAGGUAAGGUUUACAGCGACAGACCUUCCCUUCGUCGACCUCGAACCGAGCGACAACCAAAUCUCUUAUGCUGUUGGCAACUCCGGGAGCAGCUCCACAGAAGCUAUUAUAUACAUCGAUGACCAGACAGCAUGUACAGCAUCCCAAAUUCCAUUCUUGACAAGCUACUCUCCCUCUAAAGCAGACUGCAUAUGGAAUGACAACUCUCACGCAGACUGCCUUGUCAAACUGCAAGCCAACGUCACGACUACUACCGGAUCUUCGCUCAGCAUUCAGCCAGCCGAUGGCUACUGUGUUGCCUGCGCUCUCAAAACAGAAUCAGACUUUCCUGCCUGCGAGGGACGAUGCACUUACAUUCCUCCGUCAACGUUGAACUGCUUGCCCACCUUGACAACGGCUGACAUUGGAAAGUCGUAUGUCUUCUGUUAUGUGGCCGUCGCCACGUAUUCGCCUGGCACGUGCGUAUCGAAACCUAUUUGCUUCCGUAUGAACAUCAUCGGUCACUCUCCUGUCUUUGAAUCGCCAGGCUCUUCCCUCCAGGGCCCGGGCAACGUGCCAUACCCGGCCUGCCUCGGGGCGCCUCUAGGACUGAACUUGAUCGCGUCUGACAGCGAUGCUGGCGAGCAGGUGCGAAUCUUUGUCGACGAUGCGUCUCCUGGGCCUGGGUCCUUCUUCUCAGACCUUGCUGGACCUGCCAACGGCUGUGGGAAGUUCGGAGCUUUCAACGCUGGCAGGUCGGGGGACAACAUGAACCAGAUCGUAGCAAGAGUUCUGUACAACGCUUCCCUGGACAGCUCCAUCAACGCCUCACUGUCCCCCAACGUCAGCUUCAGCGCAAGCAACCGUGCGAGCCAGACCAUCUUGUUCAAGCUCGACGAGAAGGGAGGCAGCGCUGUGCUGUUCGACAACCACAGCUUGACUGGGAUGACGCGGAGGGCACUGAUUCUGAACACAAAGAGGACAGUCUGUGCGCAUGCCUAUGACAACAGCCGUUUCCGCUAUCGCCGAUGGGCCAACAGGGAGUACGAGAACUUGUACUUCCACAACCUUGGGAGCUACGUGACAACACAGUGCUGGAACAUCAUGCCACAAGCCCCUCCCGUGUUCGUUACCAGCCCUGAGGGUUGCUUGCCAGUGCGGUUGGGUACCACCAUCACCUACCCAUGCUCUCCCUUCACCGAGCCCUCCAUGUUCGACUAUGACUUCACCGAGGGGUUGCACGUGCGGGCGAGGCUGCAGAUUCCUGUCGGCUUCAAGGUGGAGCUGAACUUGAGGGCCAUGGACCCCAACCCGGAGGACCACGUGCAGAUCCUAAUCCUUGACAACCCGGGCCUGCCGCCCACGGGGGUGUCGGUGGAGAGGUCGACGUGCGUUGCUCCGUCUCCCUCCACCACCACCUUUUGCUCGACCUGCGACUCCCUCUGCCACUCGAGCUGCAACGUAGCGCAGAGAAAGAUCACCUGGACUCCCGACAACGCUGACAUGGGCAAGAAGUUCAGGCUGUGCGCGGUGGCAACCGACGACUCGACGGCGUGCGCCGGGAGGCUGCCCGACGCCUCGUCCAGGGGGUGGAACGGCGAGAGGUACUGCGUCGAGCUGGAGCUCGUGCAGCUCAAGUUCGAGUGGGCGGGAUCGCUGGUUGACUGGAUGGUCAAGUCGACGGAGCCGCUGCAGGCGCUAGUAGGAUGCACCCUGUCGCUGGACCUCACACCGAUCCUUCAGCUUGCUGACUACUCGGCACAAGGAAGCGUGAUAUGGGAGAACGCAACGUCGCAUAAUGUUGUGCUGGAGACAGUGCAGUCAGGCUCCACCUCCACCUUCCUCUUCAAGCCCGCAAGAGGGUCGGAGGGGCGUCUGGUGACGGCAUGCUUCGCUGUGGGGAGCACGAGCCUGAGCUUCUCGUCCAAGGGGAUCUGCAGGGAGGACGGGAACAAGAACUGCGCGGUGGACGCAGACUGCGGCACCGGGCGAUGUAGCGACGUGUGCGUGAACGUGCUGGUGGAGAAGUGCCGGUACUGCGUGAGCAAGGAGAACGUGCUGGGGGAGCUGCUGGGGACCUUCGGGCUCAAGACCAACUGGAUGAGGGUAUGGACUCUCAACGCCGACUCGCGUCUUAACCUUGGGACCUUCUGCGAGGACUACCUGGACUGCGAGCGGAACUCGACGAACAGCGUACCGGUCAUCAGCGAUCGCUCCGUCCUCGCAAGCUCCGUCUCUCCCUUCCAGAAGGUCGCCUUGUGGGUGGGGACUAUGUACUCUACAGACAACGAGGAGGCGGCAAGGACAGUCUCCUGCAGGUUCAGGACCGCAUUCAAGGAUCUCCAGAUGAUGAACCCGGAACUUCCCAUGUCCUCCCUGGACUUCACCAUCUCCCCCCACAGCCCAGUCUGCGUCCCCUCCUGUAGCGUUGGGCCCUCCCCCGAGGAGAAGGCUCUCAUGGGAUGCUAG